CCGUGUGGUCUGUCCCCCGCCUGCUGCCCCACUCUGAUGGCACGAGUGUGACGAGUCCUCGCACCAUGCACAAGAUGGGCGAUUCCUAUGCCUGUAAAGGUGGAAGGAAAACUGCAGGCUCGAACAAACCCACGGYGAGCAAAGAAAGGACGGAUGCGAGGAUAAAUCCGCCAGCAGAGCUUCCCAAGCUCGGAAAUGCAACCAGUGACAAAGCAGAAGGCAGGAAGAAGGGACGACCCAAGGCCGAGAACCAGGCGCUGAAGGACAUUCCCCUCCCCCUGAUGAACCAGUGGAAGGACGAGUUCAAAGCCCACUCCAGGGUGAAAUGCCCCAAUUCGGGCUGCUGGCUGGAGUUCCCCAGCAUUUACGGCUUGAAGUACCACUACCAGCGCUGCCAGGGGGGAGCCAUCUCAGAGAAGCUGACCUACUCGUGCUCGUACUGUGAAGCUGCCUUCACCUCCAAAACGCAGCUGGAAAAGCACCGCCUGUGGAAUCACUUGGACCGGCCAGUACCAAGCAGCAAAGCAGAAAACAAAGUGCCGAAGUCCAUUGGGAAGAGCAGUGGCAAGAAAAGAGCUGCUGAGAGUUCAGCUUGCCCCACCAUCCAUCCCAAACAGGCAAAGACGGAGAAAGCUGCGGGCCAGGCCCAUGCUGCGAACGGCGAGUGCCCGGCGGAGAGCCGGGAGAGCAAGGAGUUUCAGAUCGCAGCGGCAGAGGCAACUGCAGCCGCGACACCCACGGCCAAGUCUUCGAGCUGCAAGGAUGCCGGGCAGCAGGGAGGCAGCCAGGCCUCACUGCAGGAGGAGGACCCCGAGAGGAUGAAGCACAGAAGGAAACAGAAAACUCCUAAGAAGUUUACGGGGGAGCAGCCUUCCAUCUCGGGGACCUUUGGGCUGAAAGGCCUCGUCAAAGCAGAGGACAAGGCAAAAGCCCAUCGAGCCAAGAAGCUGGAGGGGAGCACCAACAUGGAGGACCUGAAAAAGAAACCUCCAGGAGCUGGUGUGAAGAAGGAAGCAGCUGUGCAUUURCCAGCAGCAAACCCCGAGGACCAGUGGCAGCGUGAGAUCAGUGAGAAGGGAGAAGUCGCCUGUCCAACCUGCAGUGUCAUAACCCGAAAAACUGUUGUUGGGCUCAAGAAGCACAUGGAUGUCUGCCAGAAGCUGCAGGAUGCCUUGAAAUGCCAACACUGCAAAAAGCAAUUUAAGUCCAAAGCUGGGCUGAAUUACCAUACCAUGGCUGAACACGUCAGCAAGCCCGUUCCUGUGGAAACCGCUGGACUUGGUGAACAGGAAGAGCGGGAAAGGCUGAGGAAAGUGCUAAAGCAGAUGGGAAAACUGAAAUGCCCCAAUGAGGGUUGCGUGGCCAACUUCUCCAGCCUCAUGGGCUACCAGUACCACCAGAAGCGCUGCGGCAAGCAGCUCGCCGAGGCCGACAAGCCUGUCUUCAGCUGCCCGCACUGCGCAAAGAAGUACAAAUCCAAGGCUGGCCACGACUACCACGUGCGGUCGGAACACGCGGCCCCCGUGGGCCCCCCGGACGCCUCCGCGGCCCGAGGACCGGGGCCAUCCUUACCAGGGGGUGACUGCAGAGCUGCAGAGCCCGCGGGCAGGACUGAGCCAGGCAAGCCUCCAGAAGAGCCAGAGGUGAAGCCAGAGCCCCCUCCCGUAGAAGAUUUUGAAAGGACUCCAAGUGGCCGCAUCCGUCGCACGUCGGCCCAAGUGGCCGUCUUCCACCUUCAGGAGAUAGCGGAGGACGAGCUCGCCAGGGACUGGACCAAGCGGAGGAUGAAGGAUGACCUGGUACCUGAAACCAAGCGGCUCAAUUACACCCGGCCAGGACUUCCCAAGCUAAAUCCCAGGCUCUUGGAAAACUGGAAGAGUGAAGUGAAGGAGAAGGGUCACAUCAACUGUCCCAACAACUGCUGUGAAGCCAUUUACUCCAGCGUCUCCGGGUUGAAAGCUCACCUGGCCAACUGCAACAAGGGGGAGCACUCGGUGGGCAAGUACCGCUGCCUGCUGUGCCAGAAGGAGUUCAGCUCCGAGAGCGGCGUCAAGUACCACAUCAUCAAGGCUCACUCAGAGAACUGGUUCCGCACCUCCGCCGAGGCCAGCCGGAAAAAGAAAAGCAGGGAUCAGCUUUCUUCCACCAAGGAGGAGAAAAAGAAAAGCACAAACGGGAAGAAAAGGGGGAGGAAACCCAAGGAGAGGCCUCCGGAAAUGUCCCUGAAAGGCAGAGAGAGCRCGGCGGCAAAGACUAAUCACAAGAAGGCGCCGGAGCCCUGGGAAGGCUCCCGCGGCAGCCCCGGCGGGGAGGAGCGCGCGCCCAAGGCCCCCGGCCCCCGCAAGGCCGGCGCCACCAAGAUGCCCGAGAAAUGA